AUGUUUGUUCUCAUCUGGGCAGCUCUGCUUUUCUCUGUGAGAGGCUCAUUUGCAUUAACAGGUACCUCAGUGUGGGGAAAUCCAUAUUGUAAAGAUGAAUACUGUGUUACUCUUAAUGAGCGACAACCAACAGCAGAGGCUGGACUCUGUGUUGUGAUCCCGUGUUCCUUCAUGACUGCUGCUGGUUUUAAACCCCAACAUUUAGUUUGGUACAAAUGUGAAGCAAAAAAACCCAAAUGUCCUAAUCCUUUCAUGAUAUUUCACACCAACAACAGCAUUAAAGUUCAGUCUGGAUAUGAAGGACGAGUGUCACUUUUGGAGCCUGAUGUGAGACAGAACAACUGCAGCAUCAUCAUUAAUGAUCUGAAACGGUCUGAUUCUGGAUUGUAUCAGCUCAGAGUUAAUGGUGAACUGAAGAGGGAACAAGAUGGAUUUACAUUCAUUCCUAAAGUAAAUGUCUCUGUUAAAGGUCUUAAACAGAAGCCCACAGUAACGAUUCCCACACUGACAGCAGGACAGUGGGCCACACUGACCUGCACUGCUCCUGGUCUCUGCUCUGGAUCUGUACCUCAAAUCAGCUGGACAUGGAGAGGAGCAGGAGGGACUAAAUCUCACAUUACAGGAAACAUCACCUCUUUUAGGACUAAGAAUACAACUGCUUUCACACAGACACACACCUCAACUUUGACCUUUAAUGCUUUGGCUAAACACCACAACUCCAGAAUCAUCUGCAAGAUCAGCUUCACAGGUGAAACAACUACAGAGAGAAGUGCAACUUUGAAUGUAACCCAUGUGAAGAAAGUUAAAAUCACUGGGCCUAAAAGUGUGCAGGAGGGUGAGACUCUGAAUCUGACCUGCAGUGUUAAAAGUUUCCCUCCAUCUCUGGUAAUGUGGACUAAAAUUAAUUCUGACAUAAACCUGCACAGUGACUCUGGAUCAGCCUCACUUUUCAUCCAGAAUGUGACAGCAGAACAUUCUGGACUGUACGUCUGCACAGUUAAACAUAUGAACACCCCCCUGAAAGAUAACAUCACUCUAACAGUGAUAUACAGAAGGAAACCUCAGAUCACUGGAAAUACAGCUGUUAAGGAGGGAGAUGUUCUGAAUCUGACCUGCAGUGUUAAAAGUUUCCCUCCAGCUGUGAUUGUGUGGAAAAAACGUAGCCCCAACACAGACCUUCAAAAUGGAACUUACACUGACCUGCACAAUCACACUGGGUCAGCUACACUCUUCAUCCCAAAUGUGACAGCAGAACACUCUGGACAGUACAUCUGUACAGCAAAACAUCUGGAUACAACCAUGACUGUACCUGUCAAUGUGGCUGUGGCUUACAGAAGGAAACCUCAGAUCAUUGGGAAUACAGCUGUUAAGAUGGGAGAUGUUCUGAAUCUGACCUGCAGUGUUGAAAGUUUCCCUCCAGCUCUGAUUGUGUGGAAAAAACGUAGCCCCAACACAGACCUUCAAAAUGGAACUUACACUGACCUGCACAGUAACACUGGAUCUGCUACACUUGUCAUUCCAAAUGUGACAGCAGAACAUUCUGGACUUUACAUCUGUACAGCAAAACAUCUGGAUACAAGUGUGAAGUCAUACAUUGAUGUGAUUGUGACUUGGUUUUCAAAGAUCCUCGAUGGCUCCGGAUGUGUGCUUCAGUCAGAGGGUUUGACCUGUGUGUGUAUCAGUGAAGGGCUUCCUUUACCUACCAUCAAAUGGCCGCUGCUGAAACACCACACUGAGUACUCCGUCAUUACCACUGUGACAAACCACACAGUCAACAGCACUGUCAGUCUAACUGUAAGAAACAAUGGCAACAGCUCUGUUGAAUGUGUCAGCAACAAUGGAAAUGGAGAAGCAAAAGAAAACCUCCCAAUCAAAAGAAACUUGGCAGAAAAAAAUGGUCAAUCAGCAGUUUUUAGGCUGAAAUACCUAAAAAUCAUCAUUGCCUUUUUGACUGGGAUACUUCUUACAUCAAGCAUUUGUUGUUUGGCCCAAAGGUGCAACAGAAAAAAAGGGAAAAGCUCUGGAAAAUCGGAUGAGACUUUGGAGAUGCUGACACAUCAAGAUGAUAAUCUGGUAUAUUAUGAUCAGGCAUUACAGGAGAAUCAGACCCUGAACUCUAACAGUGAGCCAAAAGAAGUGGAGUACGCCAACAUUGAUUUUUCCCUGUUGAAUAGAAACAGUGCCAGGGGUGCAAGAAGGAGGCAAGAGAGCACAAAGACAGAGUAUGCUGAAAUUAAGAAAGCAGUCAAAGAAGAACAGGAAAACGAUGUUGGGAGGGGGAGAGAAAUAUCGGAGGGCGAAGAAGAGAAGGUCGUCAUGGAGUUAGAGAUGAAAUGCUGUGAACCAGAAAAGGACGAAGGAGUUGAGGCAGUGUACUCCACUGUGAAUGAUAUAAUGGAAGAAAUUUGAGGAAUGUUUAAUUGUGGAGUUGUCUGGGAUAAAAAUUCUUUGAUCUCAUCAGAUGUGAUGGAUUAUUAUGGUGAACUGAAAAUUUCUGUAAUUCCUUGAAAGAACGAUGAGCUUUGGAUAAUUUCCACUGUGCUCUGAACUUCAUACCUCUACAUACGUACUACAGCAGCGACUAUGCAAAUUCAUUAAUUCAUACAUUGAGGGAUGAAAGUUGGACAAAAUUUCCUUAUCCCAUUGUCAUUGUGUCCUUUUAAUACAAUUUCUGGAUAAAAUUCUCAGCCUUGAUA